CGAUCAAAACCCUCCUGCAUCCCAUGCUUCUAAUUUUCUCCUUUGGCUUAUCGACUGGGGAUUAGGGUUUAUCCAUCGCCUUUCAUAGCAGGGGACCAAUAUUUAAUUCAACUAAAUUUUGUUGCUUGUUGCUCUACUUUGAUCAGCUACCUGUUGAAAUCAACUCUUUAAUUAUUGAAAUGUUGGACGAGAGCAAGUUUGAUGUGCAUUUAAAGUUAUGGGCACUGAGAAUCCCUCGUGAAUUCUGCAAGGUUUCCACUCGCCUAUUAAACGGGUACUUGCUUGAUAAAGCUCGUGUUAAACCCAUUAAUGAAGAUCCUACUUGUGACAAGAAUCGUUAUAUGAUAUUGUCUGAAAGUGUUCAAAAUCCUGAUUUGUCUGAUAUUCCAGCUGAAAAACUUGAUGAGCUGAGGAAAUUAUGCAAGAUUGAAGUAGUUCCAUAUUCUAUUACUCUUGGAUAUUCCUACUGGGGUGCAGAUCAUAUAUUGAAGCAGAUCCUACCUCCUGGAGUGGAGAUCCCUUCGUCUUUUGAAACAAUAGGUCACAUUGCACAUUUGAACAUACACGAUGAACUGCUUCCAUACAAGGAUGUCAUUGCUAAAGUUAUUUAUGAUAAAAAUUAUCCCAGGAUCAGAACAAUUGUUAAUAAAGUUGGAACAAUUACAAAUGAGUUUCGAGUGCCGAAGUUUGAAAUUUUGGCAGGAGAAAAUGAUAUGGUCACAGAAGUGAAGCAAUAUGGGGCAACAUUCAAGCUUGACUAUAGCUUGGUUUACUGGAAUUCAAGGUUGGAACAUGAGCAUAUAAGGCUAGUUUCUCAAUUCCAACCAGGGGAGACAAUUUGUGACAUGUUUUCUGGCAUUGGUCCUUUUGCGAUUCCGGCAGCGCAGAAAGGAUGUGUUGUUUAUGCAAAUGAUUUGAACCCACACAGUUUUCAAUAUCUGAGGAUUAAUGCAAAACUCAACAAAGUUGAUGAUCGCAUUUAUGCAUACAACAUGGAUGCCAGGAAAUUUAUUUCCCAACUGAUGGCAGCACCAAUUUGUCAAGAUAAUUUAGAAUCUGAUGCAUCCACUCUUAAUGCAUGUGGUAAUCAAAGGGUACAGACCAAUGAGGGAACUCAGGUGGCAAGUGAUACUGUUGAAACUGAUCAUGAGGAUGCCCAAGAUUCAUGCUGGCAGGCAGAUGCAUCUGUAGCUACAGUCAAAAGGCCUUCAUAUUGUUUACAGGAAGAAGGUGAAGACACCCAUGGUGCUGCUAUUUCCUUCACUUCUAAGAGAAAAGGAAGUGCAAAUAAGAGAAUGAGAGCCUCUGAGUCGCCCAAUACUAAGCCUUGGGAGCACGUUGAUCAUGUGAUAAUGAACCUUCCUGCAUCUGCUUUACAAUUUUUAGAUGCGUUUCGGAGUGUUAUCCAGAGGAAAGAUUGGAAGGGGCUUCUUCCUUGGAUUCACUGCUAUUGCUUCAUGAGGGCAAACGAAACCAAAGAAUCUAUAAUCUUGGAGGCAGAAACUGCUGUAAGUGCUCAUAUACAAGACCCGGUAUUUCAGAAGGUUAGGGACGUUGCUCCAAAUAAGGCAAUGUUUUGCUUAAGCUUUAGGCUACCAGAAGCAUGCUUUAAAGAUAAUGGUGCUAACCUUCAUUCUGCAAAUGGAAAUACAUGAUCAUUCUUUGCUUCGAAAGAUGAUGCUGCCAACUUUUACAACUCAAUAUUUAGGAUUGUGAUGGACUUCGUCCCUUGUACUCUAAUACAUUAACAGAAACAUAAAGGAAAAUUUUAACAGCAGACACAAACUUUGGAUUCAAAAACUAAUAUUUCAAGGAAAACUAGUAUAAAAUGCGUAAUUCAUUUUCUUUACAA